AUGAUCGACUCGGCAGAUGAGGCAGAGGACGUGGUCGACUACAUCGUAGUCGGUGGCGGUACUGCUGGCUUGGCGAUUGCUCGACGUCUGAGCGACGACCCGAGCGUCCGUGUCCUCGUCAUCGAGGCUGGUCAAAGUGGCGAAGGUGCGCAGAAACAGAUUCGGCAGCCCAAUUCCAUCGACUACAACGCUCUCCAGAGCAGCGAGCUCGACUGGCACUACGAGACUGCCAAGCAGGACAAUCUGAAUGGCCGUCAGCUCGACUUUCCCCUCUUUAAGACGCUAGGAGGUACCUCGGCCGGCAAUGAUCUCAUCUACCUCCGUCAAGGUCGUAGGGAGGCCGACGCCAUGGCCAUGCUGGCAAAGAAGAUGGGUGGUCUCGAUUCGUGGUCGUGGGAAAAGAUCGAUGGGGCCAUGAAUUCCUCCGUGACGUAUCAAGCCGUGGCCAAGAACGAAACGUCCAAUAGCGCUGCUAUUGCUGCGGGAUCGAUCACGGGCAAAGGUCCAAUCAUGCUCACAUACCCCAACGCAAGCCUUGCGGUCGAGGAGAUCUGGUUCCCUGCUCUUCAAGAGGUUCACAACACGCCUCUCUCGCGCUCGCCAUGGCAGGGUGACCAGGUUGGAGGCAUCAUCGCUCCCAUCACCGUCGAGAAAGGAACAAGUCUGCGCUCUUACUCUCGAUCAGCGUACCUCGACAGCGUCUGCGACAAGCGCCACAAUCUGCAGGUACUGACUACAACGACUGUAACUCGCAUCUUUUUUGAGGACAAGGCAAGUGAGCCCGGUCAUCUACGCGCGCUUGGAGUUGAGUGCGCUUCAAGCAAAGGAUCUCGUCGAAACAUCAUCACCGCCAAGCGCGAGGUCAUCGUGUCCGCUGGCGUAAUCGGCUCACCGCAGCUACUCCAGGUCUCUGGCAUCGGACCUCGACCCGUGCUCGAGGAAAGAGGCAUCGCCGUCAAAAAGGAGCUCUCUGGCGUUGGACAGCACCUCCAGGACUCUCUCCUUGUCUCUCUCCAAUUCCAUGUCAAGAAGGGAGUCAAGCUACCCUCCGCCAAGAGCGUCCCAGGAUACGCCGACUCUGCACUGGCCAUUCUCUCCCUGAAGGAUGUCUUACACACCGAUGCUGCUGCGGAGGACUUCAUCACACGAGCAGACAAAUUGUCGACUAAGUACUACAAUCACAACGACACGGAUGGAUCGGUCAAGCUAGCAUGCCUAAAGACGGGCAGUAUACAGCUGCACCAGCUCUUGACCGAGAAUGCGACCACUGGUCUCAGCGGCCAGCCAAAGGCCGCCGUACUCGUGAAGAUGAAGACGGCAAACGACCUCAUCACCUUUACCAUUUCCCUGCAAUCGCCCCUCUCUCGCGGCAAUGUCAACAUCGCAAGCAGCAAUCCCUUCGAUGCUCCCAGGAUCGAUCCGGCCUACCUCUCUCACCCUUCGGAUGAGGAGCUGCUCAUCGCUGGCAUCGAGUGGGCGCGCACACUCAGCUCGACAAAGACGUUCAAAAAGUUUCUCGCAAAAGAAACCUCCGCCACGUCUUCGGUGCGCGGCCGUAAGGCAUGGGCAAAGUGGUUCCAAGAGGGGGCGCCGGGGCCCAAUCAGCCCAUCAAGGGAAGCCCAGUCGUACCGCUCCGUGCCGGCUACCAGGCCUCGUCGACCAACAGCCUCCUAGCUGAAGAGGAUGGCGGUGUCGUCGGUGCAGACUUCAAGGUGCAUGGCUGCUCCAAUUUGCGCGUCGUCGACGCAUCCGUUCUACCCCUCGCACCUUCUGCCUCGCUUGGCGCCUACGUGUACGGUAUUGCGGAGAUGGCCGCCGGUAUGAUCCACGCAGACCGAAAGUGUGGGAAAGCUGAGCCUGUUGCGGAGUGCCAGUAUGGCGAGGAGGACGAUGACGAUGGCGAGGAGGCAGAA